AUGGCCUCUCGUCUCGCCCUCAAGAGCCUUCGGACAGCGGCUCUCGCCAGGCCUGCUCCUCGAGUUGUUGCCCAAAGCGUUCGGUUCCUUGCUACCCAACCUACACCCGAUGAAAAGGCUGAACAAAUCAUCAACUCCGUCCCUUCAUCUUCACUUUUCACAAAGACUGGUGGUGUACUCUUAGGUACAGGUUUAACAGCUGCCGCCAUAUCUUCAGAGCUUUACGUUGCCAACGAAGAGACCGUUCUUGCUGUUGGUUUCUUGGUUAUCUUCACCGCCAUCGCUCGAUCUAUCGGUGCUCCUUACUCUGGAUGGGCCAACAACCACAUUGAGCGAAUCAAAGGUAUCCUCAACUCUGCUCGAUCUGAACACACCAAAGCCGUUACCGACCGAAUCGAGUCCGUAUCUCAACUCAAAGACGUCGUUCCUCUCACCGAAUCACUUUACGCAGUAGCCAAAGAGACCAAUGUUAUCGAACAUGAGAACUUCAAGAUCGCUCAAGAGAACGCAGUCAAAUCCGAACUCAAAGCCGUUCUUGAUUCUUGGGUUAGAUACGAACAACAACAAAGAGAGGCUGAACAAGCAGCUUUAGUUAAAACAGUUCAAGCUAACGUUGAAUCUGAAUUAUCUAAACCUGCUUUCAAGAAACAACUAUUAGAAGAAGCUUUAUCACAAAUUGAGCAACUCUCUAAAUCUAAAGCUAUCUAA